AUGGCGCGCAGAUUGUCAUCCUUCGUCCUUGUGCUCGGGGGUCUCUUCCUGAGUGCCCUGCCUGCUUCGGCAGAAGCGGCGUCGGCUCAGGAACUGGCGUACCCCAAGCAGAAAGGGACCGGGUACGACUACACGGGGUUCGAGAGCAACCAGACGGCGCGGGCCCAGGCGGUGGUGGAGAUGUUCCGGUACGCCUGGGAGGCCUACCACGUGCACGCGUUCCCGCACGACUCGCUGCGGCCGCUGUACGCCAACUACUCGGACGACCGCAACGGCUGGGGCGCGACGGCGGUGGACGGGCUCGACACGGCCAUCAUCAUGGAGCAGACCGACAUCGUCAACACCAUCCUGGACUACAUCCCCACCAUCAACUUCACCAAGACCAACACGCCGAGGCCCUCAAAGGUCAGCCUGUUCGAGACCAACAUCCGCUACCUGGGCGGCCUCCUGUCGGCAUACGACCUGCUCAAGGGCCCGUUCAGGCACCUGCCGGUCAAGACCGAGAACGUCGAGGCGCUGCUCCGGCAGGCAAAGACGCUCGCGGACACGCUCAAGUUCGCAUUCAACACCAAGACGGGGAUCCCCGUGGGCCAGCUCUUCAUCGAGAACCGGACGUUUGCCGACGACGGGAAGCUGGACAGCGGGGCGCAGUCCAUCAGCCUGGCCGAGAUGGGCACGCUCGUGCUGGAGUGGCAGCACCUGUCGGACCUCACGGGCGACGCGCAGUACGGGCAGCUGGCGCAAAAGGCCGAGGGCUACUUCCUCAAGCCGUCGGCCGAGGUGUGGCCGGGGCUCACGGGCGGGCUGUUCAACUGCGACACGGGCGAGAUCCUAGACCGGUACGGCGGGUUCACGUCGGGCAACGACUCGGCGUACGAGUACCUGGUCAAGAUGUACGUCUACGACCCGGACAGGUACGCCAGCUACGGCGAGCGCUUCACCAAGGCGGCCGACUCGGCCGUGGCCCACCUGCUCUCCCACCCUUCCUCGCGCCCGGACCUGACCAUGGUGACGGCGUUUGCCGACACGCGCCAGGUCAACUACACCGAGUCCCUGGCCUGCUUCAUCGGCGGCUCCUUCAUCCUGGGCAGCACGGCGCUGAGGCGGCCCGACUGGCUGCAGCACGGGCUCGACUUUGCCGAGUACUGCGCCAACGGGUACCGGCAGACGGCCUCGGGCAUCGGCCCCGCCCUCUACAGCUGGGACCUGCACACGCUCCGGACCAACGCCGCCGUCGCCAACCAGACCGGCUUCUACAACAAGGCCGGCUUCUACCUGCAGGACGGCUACACCAUCGCCGGCCAGGCGCCCGAGGCCGUCGAGACCUGGUACUACGCCUACCAGUGGACCGGCGACCGGUACUGGCGCGACGUGGCCUGGGCCUCCACCCUGGCCCAGAACCGGACCAUGCGCGUCCCCGGCGGCAAGGGCUUCGGCUACAUCAGGAACGUCCUGCGCGAGGACGGCGGCGGCGUCAUCGGCAGCAUCAUGCAGAGCUUCAUGCUCGCCGAGACCCUCAAGUACCAGUACCUGAUCCAGGCCGAGAAGAAGGGAGAGUGGGACGUCGGCGCCACCAGCAAGCCCGGCGCCGGCGACAACAAGAACUUUUACGUCUACAACACCGAGGCCCACCCGUUCAAGGUCACGGCCAAGACGCCGGUGUAG